AUGAAGCAGAGAAGGGGCGGGGACAUGGUGGAAAGCAGCAAGGUGAGGAGGCGAGGAGCAAAAGGGAGGGUGCCGAGGACGGUAAAGGAAAAAAAGAAAGAAAGGGCCAAAGCAAGGUCGAGGAGAACGGGUGGCAGGGGAGUGUCAAGAAGGGAUGACGAGAGGACUGGGCACGAGGGAGCAGAAAGGAGGAGCAAACGGAGCAAGACUGGGGGAGAAGGAAGUCGCGGAGGGGCAGAGGACAGGGGACGGACAGAAAAAGAGAAUGGCAGGCCACCGGGCAGGAGGGGCGCAGGGAAGGCCGGGGGCGCCACGAAGGGACAGAUGAGAGAGAGACAUCACAAACAAGCGGAGUGGGCCCCCGAGGGUGGAGGGGGCAGGGCGAGGGCCAGGGAGGGGAAGGUAAGGCGCGGGAAGGCAGAAUGGAGGGAGGCAGGGGGCAGGGAAGGGGGGUGA